AUGACCAAAGCAAAGAGAAUUUCUACUCGAAGAGUGACUGUACCUGGUGGUGAAACUGUUGAUAGAAGGCCACUUACUGUCUUCAAUCGUUCAUCUACAUUUCCUUAUUCUCAAUCCGAUCGAAAUAAAACAAAUAUUACAAUUGAAAAUAAUCAUCAUUGCUCUAAAUGCACAAACGGUGAUGAUAAUGUUAAUUGCUUAAGUGCUAGAAUCAAUCGACUAGAAAAAUUAAUCCAGGGUCUUAAUAUAGCUGUUAGCCCUAAUCCGAAGCCUAAUAAUCCUCCUAAUUUGACACCACCGAUUUUUUGCCAUAAAGCUAUUGAUUUUUCAAAAAUGGAGACUAAUGAAUUGGUCUCGUUUUCUACACAAUUGGGGACUUUGUUGUUUGGUAAUCGAAGUGCUAAUAAUCAUAGACCGAACGUCAUGAGUAUUAGUAAUAUCAUUGCUCAUUAA